GUGUCGAGUCAAACGAUGUUGACGUCGAGUUUCUCGCCAGCCCCGGUGGUGCCUCCAAGGCUGCUUCGACACCAAGCGUCGGAGCAGUCCAUCAGUGUCAUGGCUGCCAGCGCCCCGCCGCCGGAACCGAUCUUACCGACGGUGUAUUCGAGUCGACAUCCCGAUCUCAAUGUGAUCACGCCUGAGACGGUGGUGAGGGUCUUGAGAGGGGAGUACGAAGGUCAGUUGGCGGGGUUUCAGCUGCUGGAUUGUCGGUUUCCCUUUGAGUUUGAAGGAGGGAGUCUGCACGGCGCCACGUCGUUGUGUGAUCCGGACGCGAUGGAGGCCAAGUUCUUCGUAUCGACGGAGCUGGAGACGUACACGCGUACGGCGCUGAUAUUUUUCUGUGAGUUCUCGGCUAACCGCGCUCCCAAAAUGCUGCGUCACGUC